AGUGCACUGUCUAGAGCUAGCUAGCUAUCAUCUGGCAUAUAGUCUGGAGCAUUGAUUUAUAUACUGUGACACAGUCUGUGUAGCUAUAUAGAAGCUUGUCUAUCGCGCAGCUGUCUGGUGAAAUUAAUUGUUUUCAAGAAGAUUGUAUCAACAACUGCAUGAUAGCCAUGGCCAUGGACAACAGGAGCAGCUACCGAGGUUGCUCUCUCAUGGCUACUCUACUCAUAUGCUUCUCAGUGCAAACAGUGCUCGUUAUUUCACAAGAGUGUAUGUACCAGUACAUUGAACAACCACCUGGUGCUAUCGACUGCAAUCCAUUUGAAUCGAUUCUGAGGCUGCGAUGUGCACUAACUGCUGCAUUGGAUUCAGAUGUAUCCAUCAACUGGUACCACAACGGGACUACUCAACUAACAAAUGUAAUAGAGUCUUCUGAAGAAAAUGUUAAUAUUAAUCCUGCGAUGGAAACUUUCCGAUCUGUUCUCACUGUGACUAAUCCACCAGCUACUGGCUCUGAUGAUUAUCACUGUCAAGCUGAAGUUAAUGGAAACGAAUUGCAACCAAGCGAUACUUUUACGCUGAGGGAUGACGUUAAUCUCAUGAUUUUAAGAGAUUGUGAAAGUGAUCCUAAUACGGAUAUAUUCUUUGUAUCUUCUACUAAAUGUGCUGAUAUUUCCCCCACGGAAUCUGUUACUACACCCACUACACCCCCUCCACAACCCUCACAAACCACACUCCCUACCACCACCGCCCCCUCACUCUCCACAACCUCACACGCCCCCGGAAUUGCUACCACAAACUCCCCGGGUAGCACCGAAGAAGGCACUAUCUCCACCACGCAAAAUAAUAUCUCAACUCCUGUCCCUCAAACCCUACAAGUGUGGAUCUACGUACUAGUGGGCGUGGCCGCUGUGUUCGGUAUCAUCAUCGUGAUCCUCGCCAUUAUGUGUGUCGGACUGUGCGUACGACGCAGUAAAACACAAGACUCCUCCCUCUCUCUCAAGCAUACUGCUGGAGGAACUAUAGGAACGCAGUCCAUGGUCUCCAAUGAUUUGUACCACAGCUCUGAUAACUUUGCAGCCCCGUCCCAACCACCACCACCCAACUACCAACCGUACAGUACCAUCGGUGACCGCGAGUACGAAACCAUCGGGAUAUUUGGAAUAGCUCAAACAGACUAUGCUCAUUUACACCGUCCAUCGCCGCCAUCACCACCACCUCCGCUACCGUCCACUCUCCCCAACGGUCGCUUGGCAACCAUCAACGGGACUCCGCCCACUCCGAACACCUUCAUAAGCUCCCCCCCUUCCCUCCCCCCUAAGGGGAACAUACCGAGUACCCACGUCUACGGGGAACUGGAGGACCCUCUGUCUUAUACUCCACCACACAGUGCUAAUGUAUUCGAACGAAGUACCGAUCAGCUGUUGCCUAGCAACGGUAAUGGUUUGUUCUCACAAGCUAACGGUAAUGGACCAUUCUCACAAGCUAAUGGCGGCCCGUAUAGAAAAUUCUCGCUAGAAAGUGCAACUGCAAGUAUGAACGAAUCGCUGUACAGUCCGACCACACCCACUUUGAGCGGACUAACGGAUAUUCCGGAAACAGGAAUGAGUUUUAUGGAACCGAAUGAUCCCUCAGCAUUUCCCGUUCACGAGUACGAGGUCAUCCCUCCCUCGCGUAAAACCAAGAAAUACGAAUCUCCCGUCCCUGACGAACGUCACAUGAUACCGGACGGAGGUCAUGUGAUCGGUGGAAAGCCGCAGACGAGAGUUAGUGUGAAAUCGUGCAAUUACGAAACAGACCCGAAAAUGGAUCUUGUUUCAGAAUCCGAUACUACUGGAACGAAUGUUGUUAACCCUUACGAUUCUGCCUCUCGUAUUAACCCAUACGACUCCACGACGCACAUCCGAACCACACCCCCUCUCAAGAAUAAUUCGGACUACAGCGAUCUCCGCCCCCCCACAGUGGCCAGCAACACAAUGCCCCCCACACGCACAAACAAUUCCAACUACAGUAAACUCAAUCUCACUGAAACUGAAAGCAACUACAGUCGUCUGCAAUCCAAUGGAACUGAUAAUAAAUUGGACUCUGAUUUUUUCAAAGGUGCAAGUGAGAUUUGCCUCUCUAGCACAAAUCCACGGAACUCGGCAAAUGAUGGCUCUGUUUCGUAUGAUUCUGACCACGGUAGUCGUGAGACCACACCUCCUCAUAGGAGAGGAUGUUCAGUUCCCCUCUCCCCGCCCCCCUACCCCCAGCAGGGGUCGUACAGUCAGCUAACAUUGCCCCCUCAAGCUUCCCGGUAUCCCCCACAUCUCGGGUCAAAGACUUUGGUGCAGUAAUAAUAAAUUGACCGUUACAUUUAUUUUAUUUUAUUUAGCCGUUACUGUUGUUAAUUGAUGUACGUGUUAAUUUUGUGCAGUACUUAUUUUGAUUUGUUCAUCUUUCA